UUCAGAACAAAUGUUAUCCUUCUGUUAGAAAUGUAAGGAAUGAAUCUCCUCUGGAUCUAGCUUCGCAAUAUGGUCGUUUGGAAAUUGUGGAAUGCUUAUUGAAUUGCCAUCCUAAUUUAUUAUCUGACAUAGUUCGUUGCCAUUCACCACUGCAUUUGGCUGCUAAAAAUGGCCAUAAGCAUGUUGUAAAAACACUAUUAGAUUCUGGAUUUGAUAUUAAUUACAUGACAGACAUUGGAACAGCUUUGCAUGAGGCAGCUAUGUAUGGAAAGCUAGAAGUUGUAAAGUUGCUCUUAGAUUAUGGCGUUGAUCCUAAUCUAGAGAACUCUCGAAAACGAACAGUGUUUGAUAUCCUUGAGGAUUUGAAUACUUCAAUAGCUAAGCAAAUUGAAGAUGUCAUCAAAGAUCACAUGACUUUAAUAAAACUUGAUGUUGAAAGUGAUGAGUCUCUUGAACCUGUUGCACCACCUCAAGGGUAUGUAAUGGGAUCACACCCUGAUUCUAUAUUAAGUGACAGGUGUAGUCUGUCAGAAAUUACACCUCCUCGUCAGUUUUGCUCACCAUCAAUUGAUGAAAGUUUAUAUGAUGUACCACCACCUCCAAAGUUAGUUAACAAAAAUACGUCGAGAGUAAAUGACAGCUUGGAUUCUCUUACUGCUUCACAUUCUCAAGAUUCUUGCUUUGAUCAAACUUCCUGUAGUAGCUGUAGUCCAUCUAAAUGUGAUUCAUCUGUUUAUGAAAACAAUAUUUAUCAAAAUGUUGAUUCUGAUAGUCUUCUAUAUGAAAUUCCACCUCCACCAUCUUUUUUUGCUACAAAGCGAUUUUCUGAUCCAUUGCAGCAGUGCUCUAUAUAUCAGAAUGAAGAAAAAGAUAUAUUUGAUACAUCUGAAGUUACAGCUUGGAGAUUACAAAACAGCUAUAUUCCAAUGCUACCGUCUAAUUCCUGCAGUAACCGUCCUCGGGCUCCUGCCAAGCCUCCUCGAAAAUCAGUCAGUCCACAUUCUUCCGAAUCAAAAUCAUCCCAAAGAAGUAGUUAUGAAUUUUUGUGUUUAGCAUCUAGUGGGAUGCAUGAAUGCUCACCAAAGUUCCUUGAUAAAAACAAAAAUAAUUCAAAACUUUUAAAUUAUUCAAAUUCUUACCAUAAAUCAGAUUAUGUAGACAUGGCCAACAGAGCCAUUACAACUUAUGAAAAUCACAAUAUUAUAUGUGCCAAUGGACUUGACUUUCAGACAAAAGCACCUGAUAAAGAAGAUUAUAAUUAUUCGUCGUCCAUUAAUAAAUUUUCUGAAAUAUUACCUUUAAAAUUAUUCAGUGAUGAUUUGAGCAAGAAAGGAAACUCUUUCAACAAUCUAAUGCCAUCUAAAAGUACGCCUGCUCUUCAUGCAUCACGGCAUACUUUAGAUCAAGUAGUUCCUACAAUUACUAAAGAACUUAGUUUUCAAAAACCAAACUUCCUAAAUAUUCCUAAUAAAAUAGUUGAAAUUCCUACUAAUUAUGAGCAACCUCCUACGCCUGAUAAUCCUCCACCAUCUCCAGGGACUGCUGAAAUUGGAAUUCAUGAAAAAAUUCAUCCUACUGGUCAGGUAAGCAGUAUUGCUAUUUUCAUUAAUCCUGUUUUAGAUGAAAAUACCUAGGGUAGUUUCUAGGUCUUGUCAUAACAUACUGAACAACAAUACAUAGUCUUGUCAUAACAUACUGAAAUAAUUAAGAUUCAUAUUGGAAUUCAGUUUUUCUACCACAAACAAUUAACAAUAACAAGUAUCAGGUACAGUAAUGCAUGCUCAAUAUACAUUUUAUGGUGUAUAUGCACAAAGCCAAUCAAAUAUCUCAUGAACUUUUUUACUGAACCAAAAAAGCCUGAUUUUUUUUUUUUUUUUUUUGAAAUCUGUCUUUAUCUUUAAGUUGUUUUUACCUUUUCAUUUUAGUCAUAUCUCUUAAACUAUUUCAUGCAAAAAAUGAUCUUCAA